CGUAAAUUCCCUACAUUCUUUAAGCAGUUGGCCACCUCUCUCCAUUUUCUCCUCCCACCAUUAAUUAACAACCACAUCCUUCUAAAAUCACAUCUUAAAAUCUUCAUAAUCUUUUCGUUUAGCUUGAUUUAAAUUCCAUUUUAUUAUUAAUCAGUUUCGCGGAUGCGAGUGAUUAAAAUUGAGAAAACAAUUGAGUUUGAAUAAAAUUUCCCUUCAAGUGAAUCACGGCGGGAUGUUCGCGGAGACAGAGUCUGUACAUCGGGGUAAAUUUGGAAACUACACGCAUUCCGCCCCCAACAUCUCCGCCACAGCCGGCAUGGUGACCGACCUCAACGUAGAAUACCCAGCGCGGAACAGCAGCGCAUCUGCCCUCGGCCCGGCAUGCUCUGUCGACUCGAGCCGAAUGAGUGGCGAGUGCUCUCCGAUGACAAUGUCUCCCUGUGUGGAAAUUUUCAGGUCGACGGGCCGAGGGCCCACUCUAACAACACCGAUACUGUCCCCACUUAACCACCUGCACAAUCCUCAGGUGUGGGGUUUUAUCACAAAAGGCCUCGAUGUAUUUCUAUUUAAAGCACUAUUCUCUUCUCCCUCUGUCCGAUGUGGGACUGGGGUUCCAACACCCUGGAACAACACCUCCAGUUCCCCCUUCUCCAAGUCGCCCUGGCAACCGUUCGAGGAAUCCAACGUCCCCCAGAACGGCCUAAUUGGGUCUCUUCUCCGCGAGGAAGGCCAUAUUUACUCCCUCGCGGCCAAAGGAGACCUGCUGUACACCGGUUCGGACAGCAAGAACAUCCGAGUUUGGAAGAAUCUUAAAGAAUUCAGCGGAUUCAAAUCGAACAGCGGACUUGUGAAAGCUAUCGUCAUCUCAGGCGACAAGCUCUUCACGGGUCACCAAGACGGAAAGAUCCGGGUCUGGCGGGUAUCCUCAAAAGACCCGAGCGUGCACAAACGCGCAGGGACUCUGCCCACGAUGAUGGAUAUCUUCAAAUACUCUGUGAAACCCAGCAAUUACGUUCAGGUGCGGCGGCAGAAGACGCUCUGGAUCAAGCACUCCGACGCCAUUUCGUGCCUGAGCCUCAGCGAGGACAAGAAGCUUCUCUACUCCGCAUCAUGGGACAGGACACUAAAAGUGUGGCGAAUUGAAACCUCAAAAUGCAUCGAAUCAAUCCAUGCCCACGACGACGCGGUGAACUCCGUUGUCGCGAGCGUGGAGGGGAUGGUGUACACGGGAGCGGCGGACGGGACGGUUAAAGUUUGGAAGAGGGAGCAGAGCGGGAAGAUCAUCAAGCACACUCUGGCGCAAACACUGCUGAAGCAGGAGAGCGCGGUGACCGCGCUCGCCGCCAGCGCGUCGGGGUCGAUUAUCUACUGCGGGUCGUCAGACGGGUUGGUGAAUUUCUGGGAACGGGAGAAGCAGCUGUCUCACGGCGGCGUGCUGAAGGGGCAUAAGCUGGCGGUGCUCUGUUUGGCGACGGCGGGUAACUUGGUGUUCAGCGGGUCGGCGGACAAGACGAUUUGCGUGUGGCGGAGGGAGGGCACGAUCCACACGUGCCUGUCGGUUCUGGCUGGGCACACGGGGCCGGUGAAGUGCCUGUCGGUGGAGCAGGACAAGGAUGUAAAUGCGAGUAAAGCGAACGAGCAGCGGUGGAUUGUGUACAGCGGGAGUCUGGAUAAGUCGGUGAAGGUGUGGGGGGUGUCGGAGCAGGCGCCGGAGCUGGCAGCGAUGGGUCACCAGCGCACGGGGUUCGAUGCGGUUUCGAUUCCGUCAGAUGGGAGUUAUUCGUCGUCGGCUGGUCGGGGCAGCAGCCACAAUAGGAGGUUCUGAUUAUUUACGAUACCGAUUGCUUUUCGGUCUUAUUGGGCAAUUGAACUGCGCCACGUGUCCGAUGAUGAUGGUUUUCUUCGCUAGCGUGGAGAGAACGACACCUGGAGGAGUGAAGAUUUGGAGGUUUUUUUUUUUUUUUUAAUUUUAUUUUGUUUUGUUUUUAAUCGUCAUGUUUGGAAUUUGGAUCGUUGAUUAUUGGCGUUGACUGAGAAGAGUAAGAGAUGAAAGGAUUGGAGUGUGCGAUGAAGGGAAUAUAUAUGAGAAAUAAUUUAAUGUCACUCAAUUUCUUUGUUAA